CUCUCGCUCUCUCUCUCUCCCACACACACACCCACCAUGCAUCCUUUCACACACUCACUGAAAGCAUGGCCACGUGGACAUGCCUCCCCGUGGGCCUGUCUGAUGAGCACUGGAGCACAGAGGAGGCCACUGCCCAGCACCUUCCCCAUUUUGGAUAAACCGCUUCUGCCAAUCCAUCGACAUGUUUAUGAGACCAACCUGCAAAACAGUGCAAAGUGUCAUCAAAGGUACCUGGAGUACCAAGAGAAGGUGCAGAAGGGAGGGGGUGAGAGUGCGAUCGCACGGCACACGCAGAGGAACAAGAAGCUGGUGGUGCGGGACAGACUUCGUCUGCUUCUGGAUGAAGAGGGAUGCCUGGAACUGUCCCCCUUCGCCGGCCUGGGCCUGCCUUAUGGGGACAUCCCUUCUGCUGGCUGUGUCACUGGCAUUGGUAAAAUCAGUGGCUUGUGGUGUGUCUUCAUUGCCAACGAUGCCACUGUGAAGGGUGGCACAGCUUACCCCAUCUCUGUGAAGAAGCAGCUCAGAGCCCAGGAAGUGGCCAUCCAGAACCGCCUGCCGUGCGUGUACUUGGUCGAUAGUGGAGGCGCAUUCCUGCCUCUUCAGUCAGAAAUCUUCCCCGACAAAAACCAAGGAGGACGCUCAUUUUACAAUGAAGCCAUAAUGUCUGCCAUGAGGAUUCCACAGGUAGCAGUAGUGUGUGGAUCAUGCACAGCGGGGGGUGCCUACAUCCCUACGAUGGCUGAGGAAGCUGUGAUAGUACAUAAAAUUGGGACGAUAUUCCUGGGGGGGCCACCGUUGGUGAAGGCAGCCACCGGUGAGGAAGUGUCCCCUGAAGAUCUUGGUGGUGCUCAGCUGCAUGCAGAAGUUAGUGGUUGUGUGGACCACUUUGCCGUCAUGGAGGAAGAGGCGUACCAAUGUACCCGAAACAUCAUCUCUACCCUGAAUUAUGACCUUCCCGAGGACAGGGAGUUAAGCGUGGAGCAGCCGCUCCACAGUGAGGAGGAGCUGAAGGGUUUAGCUCCGAAGGAUUACAACCACAGCUUGGAUGUCAGACUGAUUUUGAGUCGUCUGACAGAUGGAAGCAAGUUUCAAGAAUUCAAAGCCCGUUAUGGAACCACACUCGUCACUGGGUUCGCCAAAAUUGAAGGGCAUCUAGUUGGCUUUGUGGCGAAUAACGGAGAGCUGAGGUAUGAGGCUGCUUUGAAAGGCAGCCACUUUAUUCAGCUCUGUGACCAGAGGCAUAUUCCCAUAGUCUUCCUGCAGAACACACCUCCAUGUCCAGCACUAACCCUAACUCCAGCUCAGGCAGAGUCCAAUACCAACGGACUGAAGGCGCAGAGCUCCAUGAUGGCUGCUGUGGCAUGUGCUUCCAUACCAAAGAUUACUGUGAUUAUUGGAGGUUGCCAUGGAGCAGACAGUUACGCUAUGUGUGGUAGAGCAUUUGACCCAAACUUCCUUUUCUUGUGGCCCAAUGCCAGAGUGUCACUGGUGGCACCUGGGUACUCUGGAACACUCACUCACGAUGAAGAGGAGAUCACAGCCAUCAAUGAGAGGCUGGAAGAGGAAAGCUCAGCAUUCUUCUCAUCUGGACGACUCUGGGAUGAUGGGGUGAUUCUGCCCCAAGAAACGAGAAAGGUGUUAAGUUGCUGUUUGAAGAUCAUUAAACAACAGGAGUACCAUAUUUCCCGAGGAAAUAGGAGAUUUCCUGUUCUACGGCUUUAAACCCAUUUGACAUCGG